AUGAAGCUCCUCCAGCGACUUCGCGAAAAGUGCACCGGUUCUCCACGCGACGACUAUCCUCCAUUCGAAGCCAAAGAACCCUUCACGCAACACAAUCAUGUCUUUUCUCCGCCUGCUUCCCGUCGAGGUCCGACGAGGAAUCUCCCCGAGAGCAUCUUGACUCGAAUUUUCAUUUUCGUCUGCCCUCAUGCGGUGGAUACUUCCUACGCGACAUCCGAGGAGUCAAUGACGGAGGAUGGCUGCAUGCUAUGUGACAUGCGGGAUCUGGCCUGCUGUGCUUUGGUGUGUAGGCGCUGGUAUGGAGCGGCCAGGGAUUUGCUAUACUCCCAUGUCCGCAUCGACCCCGUUCAUUACUGUGAACUGGAAGUUGAACUGGCCGCCAAACGGAAGCGUGGAUCCUUCCUCAAUCGCCGGAAUGCUGAGCCCAUUGAUGUGCCUGAGGUUCGACUGCAUCUGUUCAUGCGGACGGUUCGAGAGUCCUCCGAUCUGGGGAGGAUGGUUCUGUCCCUACGCACGCCGUACAUGACUCGACAGGCAAACAAAGCUGAACUGGCACGCACCGUGUCUGUGUUACCCAAUCUACGCUUCGUCGACCUUCCAACAGGCGUCUAUACCGAUGACCCAUCGUGCUAUGUGUUGAAGCAGGAGCUUAUGGCGCGCUGUCCCGAUAUUCGUCGAAUGGGCUACCACCACGGGUCCGAGGGGAGUUUCUCACAAUUAGCUGGUUCCCAGCUUUGGAGGAAUUUGGAGGUUCUAGAGCUGUCUGGGCUGCAGGUUGAGACGAGGGUCUUCCGGUGUGCGCUGAGUUCGUUCCCUAACCUUCGUGACUUGACCCUGGAGGAGCUUCCCAGACUUGACGAUACUACCUUUACAACCAAUCCGUCUCUCCCUCCCUUUCCCGCAAUCCAAAAUCUUGCACUCCGAAAUACUCCCAAUGUCACGGCAAGCGGGCUUGCCGGCUUCCUAUCCCAACCGGCCAACCGGAUGGCCUUGCUUCAUCUAACCCUCUCAUCUACCGGAGUCCUCCCGCAGACUUUACAUCAGAUCCUCUCUUUGACUCCACACCUCCGUGAACUCUCAGUCCUCCAAGAGGUGUCGAGCUCUUUCCCCAUCGAGCCGGUUCCCCCAUUGGCAUCUAAGUCGCUCGUUCUCCUCCAUUACGAAAUCACCUCUGGUCACAGUUACAACGUCUCCGAGAUUACAAAGCCGUUUUAUAGCCACCUGAUUUCAUCUCUGGUAUCCAACUCUCUCCCUGCCCUUGCUGAGCUGUAUGUGCGCGACUCCGACUUCCCGGAGACCCUACUCCUCGCACCACCCCCACGACUGCUUGCCGAAGGCGGCACGGGUGGCCCCCAGUCAUUCGGCAUCCUCUCACAACCACUCAACGUUUACAGCAAAGGACUUGACGAGCUGGAGUGGAAUUUCACGCCCUAUGAGCCACCUUCUGCCCGGCCUCGCGGGAAUCGAGACAGCACGACUCGCCCGGUUAGCCUGCGCAGCGCGCACCUAAGCGCAUCCUGGGGCGGGGAUGCAAGGAAGAGUGUUCUGGUCGGGAACGGGUUCGGCGGAUUUCUCGCCGUGCCUGCAGAUGACGGUCGACCGAAGAGCGGUGCCGGAUCGAGGCGUAGCAGUAGGCAGGACCUAUGGCGGUGA